CGAGCGCCAUAUCCCUUUGCCUCGUCGUCGCUGCCUUCCGGCCCACACAGAGGGGAACAAAAAUGUGGAAAGCUCGCCCCACUGCACCUAGAAAUGCAGUACCCACUGGGUUGGCUAAACUUGUGCCACACUUCACCGUGAAUCAUCCGUACGAGAGUCAUCGUCCCAGCAUGUGAACAAAACGUAGGUAUCCCUCGCUUGCAAUCGAAGGCGGGUCCAUGCACGAAAAGACCUCCAAAGCCAAACCCGCAAUCCCCACUUUCCCUCCGCAACACAUUGUAUUGUACUCGUCUGUGUUCCUAAUUUAUAUACCGGGUCUAGCUGCAGUGAGCCGUAUAUCAAGGACUGCCAUGGGGUCGCUUUCACUAGACGUGAGAGGCCUCUUUAUCGCUGGGUUGUCAACUGGUGUUGAGGCUUCAUUUGACGGGAAAUCAACAGCGCGGCGUAGGGCUCAUCGGAGGAUCGGUCGAUUUGUGGCAAGGUUCAAACCGUUCGCGAAAUGCAUGGCCGUUGACCGACCUCCGGACCUAUCUUCCUGUGAAAGUGCAAACAACCGACGUCCAACAGCGGUGAACUUUUUCGAUGGUCGAAGAGGGAUGGGAGGAAUGGAUGGCCAAAGUCGGUUCCAAACAGCGAGAGGCGAAUCGAAGAAAACAUGGCAUUUUUGGCACUAGGACGUUGCGGAUGAACGGAUCUAAACCCGCGUGGAUGGACAACUCCGGCUUGUUCUAGGUGGCCGCUCGCGGAAGGUGGUUAUGGUGGUGUGAAGGUUCAUCGACUGGCCGUGCGGAACGAAGGGGUGUUUAACGGUGCGCCAACGGGUAACAUCGCUGUUGUUGUUGAUUUCCUGAGCGCGACAGU